UGGGGUGCUGUGGCCUUCGGGGUGCUGUGGCCUUUGGGGUGCUGUGGCCUCACGCACAGGAGCGCGUCUCACACGUGCGCACCAAGCCUCGCGAGCGCAGGCACCCCCGCAGCGCCGCACGGCUCGAGCAGGCACAGGCUGCGGGGGUGUUUUGAAGCAUUUUUAUGACUCAAGCUGGGGAAGAUGUUGUUAGAGCAAGGCUCUGCCUGCUGCUGCUGCUGCUGCUGCUGCUGCCUCUCAGGAGAAAGGGGCAGAGGCGUGCGGGGCGCCCUGCGAGCUGCGGAGAGCGUCAAGGCAACAAAAGCUGCCGCGGAACGGAGAGAAAUAACCGAGAGAAAUGCCUCCGUGGUUUCAGACGCUGAGCUGCUGCGGAAAUGGUGUGGUGUAGGAGCAAGUGCUGCUCGGCGGUGCUGCAAGCCUCGUGCUGCAGCCGUCCCCGUGGGGAGAAGCCAGGACUGCCGCUGUGCAGGAAGCUCUGCUACGCCGUCGGGGGCAUCCCCUACCAGAUGACGGGCAACGCCCUGGGGUUUUUCCUCCAGAUUUUCCUGCUGGACGUGGUGCAGCCGUGCUUUCUGGUUGCCCUCCAGCUGGAGCCGUUCCACGCCUCUCUGAUCCUUUUCCUCGGAAGAGCCUGGGACGCAGUUACUGACCCUGCUGUUGGCUUCCUGGUCAGCAAGAGCCCCAGGAGAAAAUUCGGCAAGCUGAUCCCAUGGAUUGCGUGCUCCACGCCAUUCGGGGUGCUCUGCUACUGCCUGCUGUGGUCCACCCUCGCGGACGGCGCCCCCGCCUCCCUGAAAUUCCUGUGGUACCUCUUCACCUACAACUUCUUCCAGAUUUGCAUGACUCUGUGGAUGUUGGUGCCUCCAAUUCCACCCCCAAAGCUGCUCCGUGGUCCUGAGGGCUGCGUCCCAGCAGCCGGGGGGGCUGUGGGGCUGAGGUUCCUCUCCCGGCCGCCCGGCAGGGAUGGGGCUGGAGGUUUUCAGCACGCUGCUCGGCUCGGGAAUCCAGGGGCAGAUGGUGGGCGCAUCCCACGGCCGCCUGACAGCACGGCUGCUCGCUGGGGAACGGGACCCUGCCCAACAGCAGCACCCCCAGCCUCGCGGGCUGGCUGGAGGGCACGAGCCUACGUGUCUGCCUCCCUGGUGCUGGGCUCCAUCUACUGCCUCUCCUGUCUGGUUCUGGUUUUUGGGGUCAGGGAGCAGCCGGGGCCCCUCAGCCCCCUGGGGAAGGCUGGGCUGCCCUUCACCCGCUGCCUGAGGAUGAUCGUGGGACACAAGCCCUACACCCAGCUGCUCUGUGGCUUCCUUUUCGCCUCCCUGGCCUUCCAGGUCAUGCAGGGGAUUUUUGCUUUCUUCUGUACCCACGCCGCGGGGCUGGCCGGGAAAUUCCAGCAUUUGGUGCUCGUCAUGCUGGUCACGGCUUCCCUCUCUAUCCCCUUCUGGCAGUGGUUUUUGGGGAGAUUUGGGAAGAAAACGGCAGUGACGGUGGGCCUGGCGCUGAUCAUCCCGGCCCUGGUGGCCAUCACCCAGGUGAGCCACAACUUCCUGGCCUUCAUCCUCCUGAUGAUGGUGGCGGGCUGCAGCAUGGCCGUGCUCUACCUCCUGCCCUGGUCCAUGCUGCCCGACGCCGUGGAUGACUUCAUGCUGAGGAACCCCAGCUGCCUCAACCUGGAGGCUCUCUUCUACUCCUUCUACGUCUUCUUCAACAAGUUCGCAGGCGGCCUUGCCGUGGGGAUAUCGACGCUGGGUUUACAUUUUGCAGGUUACCGCGCCGGAGACUGCACGUACAACCCCUCCGUCACCCUGGCCCUGAAGCUUCUCAUGGCCCCGGUCCCGAUCACCCUGCUGCUCAUUGCCAUCACCCUCUUCUGCCUCCAUCCCAUCAACGAGGAGCGGAGGAAGCAGAUGAGGACGGAGCUGGAGGCGAUGGGCAGGCGUCAGGCGCGGCGCGGCAGCUCGGAGCACCACCAGGGCUGACCCCGGAUGUUUCUUGCGAGUGCCCGAGUCCACGGCCGGGCGCUGGGAUGUGCUGCCCUCCACCACCACCUCGCUUUUCAGCCUCGCUGCCCGCAGGUUUACGAACGAGCAAGAGCCUUCGAACCACGAGGCAACACCUCGCUUCCUGGGGUUUUAAUGCCCCGAAGCAAGCAUUAAUUAUGUUCGAAGGCACACAUUAAUCAGGGCCAGAGGCAGGGGCUGAGCGGGGGCUCCCACCCCUGCAGCACAGUGCGGGCAGUGGGCUCCAGGCUCCUGCAGCACGGGGUGGCCGCUGGCCUCUGUGGUGCCUGUUACACGGGGAGAUAUUUCUAUACACCAAAUAUAUAUAUAUAUAAUAAUAAUCUCAUUUGUUUUUUAUGCUAUUAAAUCUGAGCGAUCACGCUUU